CCAGGAGGUAGACAAAGUGAUCAAUGCUGCUAACGACAGUUGGGUGAGGUUUAAAGAUGGGAUGCAAAAGAAGUAUCGGUUGGGUGAUGGAUUGUUAACUAUAGCCGAUCUGGAGGCCAUGAAUAGGGAUGACUUCAUAACGGUUGGAGCCUUUGUGCAGGAGUUCAAGAAAAAGGCAAGGAAGGUCUCGAGAAUCUCAAAGGAGGCUCAAUGUGCUAUCUUUCUAGGACUGUUUACAGCCUCGGAGGUUGCCGAGUUGACAAGCCACGGAGGAGGAAGUGCUAAGCUCACAUGGGCCACAAUUGAUAAAGGAGUAGAGGAAGGGGGCCUGGACCAGGUGGAACAAUACCAAAUGCGCCUGCAGAGGAGAAAGAGGAAGGAACGAGAUGCAACCGCCUCAGGGACUCCAGGAGUGAAGCGGAUCGUUACGGACGUGCUGGCUGAGCUAGGCUAUGGAAAAGAUGUCGUAGUACAGAAGAAGGUGGUAAUGACGGUCCAAGGGAAAGGGAAGGCAUCGGUAGUGGAGGAAGUCGACCAGGAGGAAUGGGAAGAGGACGAGCCUGUAUCUCAGCAUCUGACAAAGGCACAGCGGAAACUACGUAAUUUAACGCAGGGCGGGCAAGGUACUGGAAAAGGGCAGGUCCCCCAAGCCCUGGCUGCAACUCCAGCUAGCACGGCGGCCCCAUCCAAUAGUGCAGGGCCCUCGCAAGGAGGGGCACCUCCAUAUGGGCAAUGGUCGUGGCCCGUGAUCAAUGCGUUCGUACCAUGGGGUAGCCUGCCACCGGCAGGACCAGUAGUACCGUAUGUUGGGCCACAAGCGAGCAUGCCGCCACCUAGUUAUCCUGCAGCCCAGGCCCAGCCUACGGCCCCACCACCAUCACCCACGCCCAGUUCACAAGGGAGCGUGGCCGGAGGCGGGAACCAGGGCCAAGGAAACCAGGAAAAUGCAGGAACAGGCAGUGGAAGAGGACAAGGCAGGAACGGAAGUGGCCGAGGAGGACAAUGGGAUGGCCAAGGCCAGGGGAAUCAAGGAGGUCAAGGGUAUGGAAGGCCCCGUUUUGAUUGGAAGACCGCCAUAUGCCAGCAUUGUGACAAGCAAAGGCAUACUAUACGAUUCCGCAAUGCGAGGCGGGAAGAUGAAAGGACCAGACUGAUCUACUCAAACAUGGACGAAGAUAUAUAUGAUCAGUUCGGGGAGUAUAUUGACAGGAAGGUCCCAUGCGGGGUGAGAGCAGAGGCUCUCAGGAGGAUAGCAGCACGACAAGCACCACCUGCCACUUUCAGAUUAUGGCAGGGGAGCGAUGACCCGCCGAUAAGAGUGGAAGAGAUGGAAGGCGAUGAGGAGGAAGGAGGGGCGAUAGAGGAUACGCCCCCAGUUGAUGGCUUCUUGGACCAGGAGGAGAACAUCCGCCUUCAUAUUAAUGAGUGGUCCCCUCGAGUGCCUAGCUGCGUUGGUCAUCCCAUUUGGCAUGCGCCAAGGGGGUAUGAACAGAAGGCAGAGUUGGCACUCAAGCCUUUUGAAGAGGAGGACCAUUGGGGUGGCAAGGAUGUCCAAUGGAUGAUGAAGCUGGCACUCGCAGGCAAGCAUAGUCUGGUGGAGAAGAUAAGGACGAUAGAGGAAGGUCCAGAUCAGGUAAAGAGGCACGAGGAGCUGAUGGGAGGAAUGUACCUCCUUCUCAAUGCACUUCUGCAGGGAACCUCUGAUCCGAUAGGCUCGUUAAAUCCGGCGGAAGAAGGAGCUGUUGUGCCAGAAAACGAGGAUGACGAGUUUGAAGAAGGAGAGAUCAAAGAGGUCUUCCGCGCAGAGGAGUAUGAUGGUAUUUACCUGGAACUGGGGUUCCUGCUAUCAUGCGAGAUGAGAACCAGGGAUGCAAGUGAAAGAGCCCAGAGGAUGAAGCACCUCUAUCUGGUGACAGAUGGUCAUCUCUUUGUAAAGACGCAAAUGGUGAACCCAAGAAGGGUCGUGUGUAGAAGAAAUCGCCAGAUAGACGUGAUAGUUGCGCUUCACGAUGGCAUUGCAAAAGGGCAUCGAUGAGUUAAUGCCACAUAUGCUAAGAUAAGCAAACUGUAUUACUGGGAUGGAAUGAUGGAAAUGGUAAUCAAGUAUUGUCGAUCCU